AUGGGCCAAAACUCGGCUACUUCCCUCCUCGACCUGGCCUCCACCAGCGCUGAGUGCGCCUUCUCAUGCGUCGCGUGCUCGGGCCAGGCUGUGUAGACCGAUGCCACCGGAGAAGCCCGAACGAUGCAGAGGAGAGCGAGGAGGAUGACAGCGUCGCGCCGCACUGCCGCCAGAUCCAUGGUGGAGGGGGGGAUAGCUGGACAGUACGAAGGUAGUGAAGAAAGUUGA